AUGCUGAGGCGAGGACUCCCUGCUUUGCGAUUAGUUAGACUCCAGUCAACUGCGAGGACAUCGGUAGCUCCAUCAUUGACGAACUUGCCCUUUCAAAAAGCGGUAAAUUCAAAAAAUGAGGAAUCUCCGUUGCCAAUUAAUGUCAAAGCGGUUUAUUAUGCCCCUUUGAAACUGCCAAUUCAGUACGGUGAUUUAGUAGCAGAUUUACAAUUGAGAUCGUAUGAUAAUGAAAAUCUUGAUUUUUAUGCUGAUUUUAUCCUCCGAGUUGGUUUUUAUUUGGGUAUGCCAAUGACAGGACCCAAACCUUUACCCUCUAGGAGGGAACGCUGGACCGUGAUAAAAUCUCCAUUCGCUCAAGCAAAGUCAAAAGAAAAUUUUGAAAGACAUACUCAUAAGAGGCUAAUCAGAGUUUGGGAUACAAAUCCAGAGGUGGUUCAAAUAUGGCUAUCAUACAUUUCAAAACACGCGAUUACUGGUGUUGGUAUAAAAUGUAACGUCUUUCAACGUUCAAAAAUCUCUCUUGAUAUGGACUUAAACAAUGUCGCAUUACUUGAACCGCAAAGUGGAGCAAGAGAUGAAACUCCAGAUGAAAGUAAGUCAACAGAUAUUAUCCCACAUACUUUAGAUGAAGCUGUCGGUGCAAAAGUUAUGGAAUUGUUAAAUCGUCCAGAAUUUAAAAGGCAUCUUUAG